AUGUCUAGCAACGGACAAAGGCCGGUGGAUUCGACGUGGACCCCUCCAACCAUUGGGUCCUCGGCGUCGUCGAAACCGGAUGUUCCGGGACCCUCCAGCAGUGGCGAUCCAAAUGCAAAGUCGAGACGGCGCCGGCGCGGCGCUGGCCCGGAAUCUCAACCCAAGAACCAGUCAUUCUAUUUUGUCGACUCAACCUCGUCCUCGAAGGAGAAGCGGGCACAUGUGAUGCGACAUCAUGUUCAGGAGAAAAGGAAACACCGAAAACUUUCACAUGGAAGCUUGCAGCCAGAACAAGCCCCAGAGCCAACUGUCUGGCCAGUCAAGACUGAUUCAGGGUACGACACGGACAAUCCCAAGGAGGCGGCUAUAACAGGCGUGUCGGGGCCUGCUGUUGAGCAGGAAUCAUCGCUUCAGAUCCGGUUUUCGACUGUGAAGCCAUAUGCCCGAGAAACGGUACCCUUACAAAUGGAAUCACCCAUGACGAUGCUCGAUGCAUCGCGAAGAGAUCCCUUCUCCAGCUUACCGAUAGCUCAUAACCCGGAAGAUAUGGAAUUGGUGGAUUACUGGACGACCAAAUUGACCUACUGGUCCGGUCAGAACCCUUACGUGAAAAACCAAAUCUUUCGAACGGCCAUGGAGCAUCCCUUUUCCUUCCAAGCCGUGAUUCUUGUAUAUUGUGCAAGAUGGAAAGCCCAGCUGUAUGGGCAACCCGACUCCAAGGAAGUCCAACGACAUGUCGGACAGGUUAGAAAGAAUAUCGAAGACGCUACGACGGGCCUGUUGCAAGUACACGACGACCAAUUAGCCAUGGCUCUGGCAGGCAUGGCCCUGUCAGAGGAGCGAUUCGGAAGCAGCCAAGAUGCCCACGCAUUCCUUGAACAUGCCGUUCAACUCAUGCGCCGACAUCCUGGAUCGAACCCUCCCGUCGAAGUCUUCGUCCAAUACGUGCGGUACAUUUUGCCAUCACAAUCUCCAACCCUAUCCCCCGCUGACCAACGCUGGCUGGUUACAUUCCUCCAUGGAGCACAAGACCUUAUGCAAAGGCACAGCGCUCCCCAAUAUCAACCCCAAUCAUCGCAUCGACGCACCGCGUUCCAGAUGGAAAGCCCACUAUUCUCCCUCCUCUCCAGCGGACCCCGGCCCUCGCAGGUACCACAGGCAUCACGAAUGUACGUGGUCCGCGACGCGCAGACCCAGGAGGUCAGCCGGUCGGCCUCGCUUAUCUACAUCACCGCCGCAUUGUGGGACUUUAAGGAUUCGAUCAGCCAGACUCAUCGAUUCCUCGUAUACCUGACCUCGCUGGUCGAGCAGCACCAGCUCGACCGACACCCUGCUUGCGAGACGCUACUAUGGCUAUUACUGGAGCAAGCGUGCGAUGCAGACUUGCGGGACGCUGAACGGCCAUGGUCAACCGGUGAACUACUCCGGGCACAUAGGCAGCUGCGGCCGGAUCUGCAGUUUUAUUUCAAUGAGCUUUUGAUGACCUUUUUGUCGCUACGGCCGCCCAUUCGAGGCAUUGGUGUAUUUGAGGCUGACCUCAAAGCUAGUCUUGAUGGUAGUAGUAGCGGUACUUUGCACCAAUGA